GAACAAAUGUUUGAUUUCUGGAAGCGGCUAAAUCCGUCCACCUUGACAGUUGAAGAAGCUGAGAAUAAAAUGUUCCCAGGCAUGUCGUCAAUAAGUAUGAGUUCUCAUCGCUCCACUCGAGAAGAAGAAACUAUUUACGAAGAGACUCUAGUUGAGACAAAGCGUACUGAUUUUACGUAUGGUGAUAGCGGGAGUUAUCGAACGGACCGUUUACAUGAUACUUGGAUGCCUCCGAAUAUGUCUCGUUUACCUUUAGGAUCAUCAAAAUUUAAUUCGUCCUCGGGAUUAUCAAGUCGUUCAACGAUUUCGACAAGUCAUUCUAUACAACCAAUGUCAAGUCGUCUUUCAUCAAAAGCUGGGAGUCCAACCAUGUUGCGAACAAGUAUUUCAGAAAAUAUUGAAGAGGAUGUCAGUAGCAGAUAUUCUGACUUCUCUUCUAACAAUUCAAGUACCUCAGAAUCCAGACUACUGAGAUCGACAGCUAAAAAAUUUAAAAAUGAAAGGAUUGGUUUCCGUAAACUGGUAUCAAGGGAAUUUCAAGUGGCGCAUGAUCUACGAGGGGGUAAUAGUAAUACUAAUAACUUAAGACUCCACGAUCAACAAAAGGAAUCUAUAAUUACUCCGAUAGAACGAGCAAGAGGACCUCGUAAGUCUGAAAGAAUAGCUUCAAAAAAUCAGUCAAAUUCACAACAGUCAUUGGCUCAGAUUGACGUUGAUACUAGUGAUGGUCAGGAAACAACUUCCCCUUCUUUAUCAUUAACAUCAACAUAUAUCUAUCCGAGUGAACUACAAUCAACGUUGGAUCCUAUGAUCAUGUCAUCAAAGGCUUCACAACAGUCUAAUCAAGUAUAUAGUGGUGCUGGUAGUUCAGUAACCAAAAAUUAUGAUCCCUGGAGUAAACGUAUUUCAUCCAUAUGGGGAAGGUUGUCAAAUAAUAAUCUGUCCUCAAUCGAUUCAAACAAUAAUUUUAGUUUUAAUGAUACGCGACCUCAUAUGGGACGAGAGAAUUCUAGAGGAUGGUUGGCACGUCAUAUGUUUGGUUUGGAAAGAGAGACUGCUGAAGAUCUUGAUUUCGAAUCAAAGAACAUAGAAAAUCAAUUUUUGUCUAGUGAUGUAGAAGAUAACUAUGAUACGACUAUUCCUUUUAAUAAAACUAAAAAUCUUACCAAACGAAAUAAAACAUUAUUUCAUUCUAAUCUACCUCGUUCAAACUCAGUUUAUUCUGAUUCUCUUUUGCGCCAAUCAAGAUUAUGUUUUUACAUCCAUUGUGUUUUAAACAGUCUACGGAAUAUGUCUAUUCACUGCGUAGCAUUUUUAAUGGCUUUCAUUUAUUCUGUUGGAAAUAUUUUUCUGUAUAUUCUCAGUUGUUUACCACGUUUAUCCCGUCGGGUAUUCGCAAAACUAUUUAGUCGAAACGAUGAUUCUUCAGCAUCUCUGAAUUAUCAAUCAAGAUUACGUGCUGAUGUAUCAAGAUUACAAGCUCCUAAAGGCUCAUUCAGUUCUUAUACACAAAGAAAUGAUUUCACUCAAAGCAGACAAGAAAAUAGCUGGAAUUGGUGCUUACAUUUAGUGUUGCCAUUAUUAAUCUUAUUGCCUUUAUUGUUAUUUGUAAGCUUCUUGUUUACACCAAUUGAUUACCUAUCAGAUAAUUCAUCUUUAAAAUUGUCUCCAUUUUUGUCUGAUUCUAAUUGUGUGUAUGAAUUAUCUGAGCCACGACCGAAUAAUACUCAUCUUUGGAAUUUAUUUUUAUGGAGAACACGUUGUCUUUAUGUUCGUUAUUUUCUGUCAUCAAAGUUCAAUGAGGAGAAUAGUAGCUCUGAUUGGUGGUCAUGGAUUCCAUUAUACAGUUCAAGUAAAUCAAACGAUCAAAUGAUUUUUGAUACAGGGAAUCUGAGUGAUGAAACAGCAAAUAAACUUAUUGAAAAGUUGGCAUCGCUUUCUCAGUCAGUUAAUAGGCGUUUAGACCUACUGUCACAAACAAUUAAAGCUACCGAUGAUCGUUUAAUCAAUUUAAAACAAGAUUCUAUCCGAAAAUAUGAUUUGCUUAACUUAGAACUUAUUGAAAUGAAAAAUAUAUUUCAUCAUCAUGUCAAUGAAUGGAAUCACUUUUAUCUGAUAUAUAACCAAUCAAACACUACCACUUCACCAUCCAGGAGUCUGUCUGAUGAUGAAAACUUCAGCUCCACUGAUCACAAUGAAAAACUUCUUAUGGAAAGCGAUCGUUUACUAAAUUUAGCCAACGAAGCAGCUAAACAUAACAUUGCAACUCAGUUAAAUGAACUACGUAACGAAAUCCUACAAGAUCUUAUAAAGUCCGAUAUAGAAAGAAAUAUGAGUCUUGCAAAUAUGUCAAUGCUGUUGAGUAAUUUACAUAGUCAGUUAGGUAUACAUUCUAAACAAACACAAGAUGAGUUUCACAAGCUACAUUCACAGUUUAUGAGUAUGGAUAGUGAUCGAUCAAAAAAGUUCAUAGAUUUUGAAAACAAUUUACUUCAGUUACAAAAUCAAAUCAAUAUAUUAACACCACACAUGUCUGGUUUAGAAAAGUUGAAUGAAGAAUCAAAGUCCACUUUCAUGUAUAUUCAAAAUGAGUUAAAAAAAUGCGUAAGAAAUGAAGAAAUCAAAAAUUAUUGCAGUGAAGCAGUUAUUGAAGAGGUGAAUGUCGCUAUAACUAACCUCUCUCAGUCAUUUUCAACUCAAAUUAAAGAAAUCGUGUAUGAGACUAUAAUCGGGGAAUUAAGGAACAGUAAUAAUAUGGAUAGUACCCUUUUGGCUUACAUUAGACAAACUGUAUCUACGUUGGUAAAAGAAUCCGUUGAUAAAUUGGUGUAUAAUCAUCAGUUGGAACCAGUCCCACAUUCACUUGAGAAUAAAGCGUCUUUAGUUGGAAUGAUCGAUGAAGCUCUACAUCGAUUUGCAGCUGACAGAACUGGUCUUCCGGAUUACGCAUUAGAAUCAUCUGGAGGCUCUGUUGUUGGCACGCGCUGUACAAAAACAUAUACUAAAGGUGCAUCACUAUUAAGUAUUUUCGGUUUGCCUUUAGCUCGUCUUAGCAAUUCUCCCCGAACAAUCCUUCAACCUGGUAAUAAUCCCGGUGACUGUUGGCCAUUUGAAGGGAGUAAGGGUCAAGUGAUCAUUCGUCUAUCGUCUCCAAUUAUUAUUAGUUCAGUGACUUUGGAACACUUACCAAAGGAACUUUCACCAAAUGGUAGACUAGACUCAGCUCCGAGAGAUUUUCUUGUAAAAGCUUUACAAUCAGAAUACGAUGAAGACGGGUUAGUUCUGGGAGAAUUUACUUAUGAUGUAAAGAAUAGACCUAUACAAAAUUUUCCUACAAAGGAAUAUUUAAAGCCUAUCCAAUAUGUUGAGCUUGUUAUACUGAAUAAUCACGGACAUUCGGAAUAUACGUGUAUUUAUCGCUUUCGAGUUCACGGCCGUAUGAUUACUUGAUCGGAGUUCAGUACUUAUUUGAAGAUACACGUACAUAAUGUAUCAUUCUUCAUAAUAUUAAGUAAACACUGUGCAAUUACGUGUUUUUUUUAAACGAGAUAAUUCUCAAUUCUUUAUGUCAUCUCCCUAAUUGAACAUUUUACAUUGUAAGUAUUUUGCACUUUUCACAUUUUAUUCCAUUUCAUUUUCUCAUCGGUGUUUUAUGUUGAAAUAUAUUUGUUUUGUUGUAACCAAUAACUCUCUAAAAAUAGCUCUCCGACGCAAUAUCUGUAAAAGAAAAACCUAAACUGGAAGUCUGAAAAUAAUUUUUCAAUCAAGAAUAGGGUGUAUUUGUUCUAAAAACAAUCUCGUAGUACAUUUGAGAAAAAAUUUUUACUAUAUGUUAAAUGCUCAUUAACCCUUAGUUCAUUAGUCUUACAGACAGUUCUCCCACGC